AUGAGCAGACCAAUUAGACCAAGUGGUGGGAAGAAGAUCUCAUCGGGGUCGGUAACGAUUACCAUGUCAGAUUUCCAAACCUAUGAGAUGCAGCUUAGACAGAUGGAAUGCAAGAAAUGGAUAGAACUUGUCAUUCAAGAGGAAUUAGAUUCCGAUCUACACACUGCACUCCGUGAUGGAGUGGUGUUGUGUAAAUUGGCAAACACUAUAUUCCCUGGAAUCAUCCCACGUUACAAUAAGAGUAAUAGUGUAACAUUUAAAUUAAUAGAAAAUAUAAAUUCAUUUAUUGGAGUAGUAAAGAAAUUAGGUAUAAAUGAUCAUCAAAUCUUUAUAGCAACGGAUCUAUGUGAAAAUAAGAACUUUCAAAAGGUUGUUGGUACAUUAAAUACAAUGGCUGCGAUGAUAUGCUCGAGAGGGUUCCCAAUCAAAUGGCCAACCGUCGAAGAUUUGGAUACCCCUUCGUCGGUCACCUCUUCGCCAUCGGUCAAGGGUGCCAAUGAGGAAGUGCCAUUACCAGUCAUUCAAUGGGACAAUGCUUUUAUCAAAUCUGCUGCUGGAAAGCCAUCUCCAUCCUCUAAUCCAAACUCUCCAGGUCCCAGAUCGUCCGUUUAUGCUACCAAACUAGGCGGAAUCAGCAGUAGCAGCAUAUUUAGUAAUGGAGGUAGUAGUGGAAGCAUCUCUUCUACCGUCUCUUCCUCACCUGUACAGUCAAAACCACCACAAACAACAACAACAACAUCAACAACAACAACACCAUCUAUUAAUAACGGCGCCAAUACCAACAACAACUUUAGCAUUUCUCAACCAACCACAUCUUCACCUAUUUAUUCAUCGGCUACACCAACUCCAACCAAAACACCAUCCAAUGCAACUACUCCAUCCUCAUCAAACAACCUCCAACAACAAAUGCAACAAUUGUCACUGGCUGACCAAAAGAUACAUCAAUACGAACAGCUAUCCAAAGAAUCAAAGCAGGCUUUGACUCCACUACACUUUGCAUCAAAGGACGGUGAUUUGGAUUCCUCACAAAAGCUGUUGGAAAAGCGACCAGAUACUAUUGGCGAGACGUCUAUGCAUGGUCGUACACCAUUGCACGAGGCUGCCUCGGCUGGCCAAGCAGCAGCUGUUGUUUGGUUGAUUGACCACGGAGCAAAGGUUGAUGAAGCUGACAUGGACGGAAACACACCUCUACAUUUGGCACUAUUAAACGGCGACAUUACCACUAUUGAAAAGCUGGUAAAGUAUGGAAAGUGCGAUGUCAAUGCAAUCAACAAGGACUCGUCCACACCAAUCAUGAUGGUCCCGUUGAAUGGCGGCGAAAAGAUUGUAGAUUUGUUGUUGGAGCACGGCGCCGAUGUAAAAUCAUCCAACAAAAAGGGUAACACAGCACUCCAUUAUGCGACAUUGCGUGGCCAACGAAAGGUGGUCGAGAAGCUGCUUGAAGCGGGAAGCGAUGCCAAUGCUGCUAAUGCAGAGGGUGCGACAUCUCUUCACGUAGCUGCUGAAGAGAACUUCCCCACCAUUAUAGAGUCGUUGACGCAAAGCGGAGCACGUGUCGACCACCAACGUGCAGAUGGAUGGACUCCGCUCUACACAGCGUCGUACAAGGGUAACCUCGAGACGGCCGACUCGCUCAUCCUGAUGGGUGCCAGUGUCAACGAGACUAAUCUCGACGGAUGGACACCUCUGCAUGCAGCUUGUGCCGAGGGUCACUUUGGUAUGGCCGUGUCACUCCUCGACAAGUACGCCGCCAACGUCAACGCACAAGACGCACAGGGCACCACCCCACUCUACCACGCCUGCUCGAGUGGCCGAGAAGACCUUGUCACGCUGCUCCUCGACCGCGGUGCCAACCCCGAGCUGAGCCGUCCCGGUGGUUGGAAGCCCAUCCACAUUGCAUGCUACAAUGAGAAUGACUCGGUCACUCGUCUGCUCGUCGGACGCAAUGUCAAUUUGGACUGUACAAACUCUGAAAUCAAGGGUUACGCUCCCAUCCACAUCCUCAUCUCGACCGAAGAGCCACGUCUCGAGAUUAUUGAACUCUUGCUCAAGAGUCAAAUAGACAUUAACCAAAAGAAUGUCAAUGGUAGCACACCCCUCCAUUUGGCAGUCUUUUGGAACCACUUCCAGGUUCUAGAGUUACUCCUCAAAUACAACGCAUCACUCACUGAAAAGAAUAACAAAGGACGUACACCUCUAUCACUAGCUUGUCACUAUGGAAAUGAAACCGUGGCAAGAUACUUGGCUGAACGUAUGGAAGUGGACCCAAAGAAACUCAAAAUCAAAAACUAUAAACAAAAGAUUCUUGAUAUGGAAACUCCUCAAUCUCCUCCACCCCCUACUCAAUAA